AGUUGCUAAACCAGUGACCUUGACACUUGCAACGUACGGAUGUACCACAAAGAAACAAAGGGCAAUGCGUUCUAGGAACCGCGGAUUAACUGCAAAUUGCAACAUCUUGCAAUAAGAAAGGAGUUCGUUAUACUUGUAUUAUUAGCUUAAACGCAAGUAGUAGUAGGACUGUGCUCCUACGCAGGAGUAUGACCAAGCCCCAGUCCAGCCAACAUGGCUGUUGCAGAGUUGACUGCCACCUUAUAUAAACGGCUUGGAAGCAGACAUGCUCUGCAUCACAACUUCAACUUCAGGAAGCGCCUUUCUCUGCGCAGGCAAGAGUCCGCGCCCACCCCAAGUUCACGGCUAGCUCACAAAUCACAAUGUCCAAGAAGAUGGUGAUCAGAGCUGAUCUCAUCGGCGACAAGUGCAAGAGCAAGAUCAUGUCAAUUGUUGCCAAGCUAGAGGGGAUCAAGUCCAUGGACAUUGACCAGGACAAGUGCACGCUGACGGUGGUCGGCACCGUCGACCCGGUGUGUGUCGUGCACAAGCUCAGGAAGUCGUGCUUCGCCGCGACUAUCAUCAGCGUGGACGACGACAAACCCAAGGAGAAGAAGAGCCCCUGUCAGGAGGCCUGCGAGAAGGCCUGGAAGGACAAGUACGACAAGGCGUGCCAAGAGAAGUGCGAGAAGGAUUGCAAGGAGCCGUGCUACGACGACUGCGACAACGGGACGCCGUCGUGCGGCUACGGGUACCGCUGCACCCCGGGCUGCUACUCCAGCCCCUGCGGCCUGCCCAGCUGCCACUACUACAGCAACGGCUACGGCUAUGGCUACGGCGUGCGUGCCCCGCCGCUGCCGCCACUGGGAUACGCCUGCUACGAGGAGCGGUCACGCGGAGGCGGAGGAGAAUGCGGCAUCCAGUAAGCCUGCAAGAGGAGUAAGACUCUGCUGGAGUGUGUAUGGCCGUGUCGUUGGAGUUCUCUUUUCGUACAGUGAUGAUUCCUUUUCCUCUGUGACACGACGGCUUACUUCCGGUUUGAUGCUUCAGUCUGUCUAUACUAAGUACAGUAGUAGUGUAUAAGUACUAUAAUAAAAGCCCAUGUCGGCCA